CAUACAAAAGUGACGUAUGCACAUCAAAAGCUCCAGCACCAGCGAAAGGAUUCUCGAGUAGGCAAGAACAAAAUCCAAUUUUUCUGUCGUCAAACGGAUCAAGCUUUUUGUGAGAUUUGGAUCAAUCACAAAAAGCAGGAUUCGCUUUUCGUAUAGAAAUUGGCUUACACAUUAAAUAAUAAAUUAUUUAUUAUUUGUAAUCCUAAUCAAAUCAUGGAAGAGAUGCGACACGGUCAGCAAAUUGGUAACGUGGUGAUAGGAGUUGCUGGGGGUCCAGUUGGUCCAGAGCAAGAGUUACCAUGCAUGCAUUGAUGUCUGAAGCUCUACCAUUGUAUGAAGCAGCAAGACUAGAAAUGAAAUCGUUACCGUCUAAAACACCAGUCUCUGUACUUCAAGAAUUGUUAUCACGACGUGGUACAACUCCAAAAUAUGAACUUGUACAGAUAGAAGGAGCUGUUCAUGAACCGACAUUUCGUUAUCGGGUAACCGUUGCUGAUGUCGUUGAUCCAAUUGUUUCAGCUAUGGGGACCGGUAGGUCCAAAAAAGAUGCUAAACACGGAGCGGCCAAAGCUGUGCUAGAUAAAUUAAUCGGAGUCAGUUCUGGUGAUUUGGCCACUGAUACACAAAUCAAUAACAUCAAUGACUUACAAAAUUCUCAACCAGAUGCAGAGGGUACUUAUGGUGAUGAAAAAGUAGUAAAUAAUCCAAUUGGAUCACUGCAAGAAAUGUGUAUGUCCCGUCACUGGCCACCACCGAAAUAUACAAUGGAAGGCGAAACAGGUCUCCCACAUGAACGCCAAUUUACUAUUGUGUGUUCAAUGUUGAAGUACAGACAAGUUGGACUGGGAAAAAGCAAGAAAUUAGCUAAGCGUCAAGCAGCUCAUAAAAUGUGGCAGGCUUUACGUGACGCCACUGAUGAGGCCAACCCAGGGGGUGGCCUUGAUGAUGAUGAGAUUGUCGAGAGGAAUAUUAACUUGGCUGCUCGCUAUACGACACUAAAAGAUAGCAAAAUUUCGACACUCACCACUCCUCACAGUCAUAAAGUUUCCCAAUUUCACAAGAACCUCAAGUCUUCCACGGGCGUUAAAUUAUCGGAGUUACAGAAUACAUGUUUGAAUGAUGGUGUGAUUAACUUGGUACAAUUUUUACAAGAAAUAGCAUCGGAACAAUUAUUUGAAGUAACGUAUGUUGAUAUUGAAGAAAAAUCCAUCAGCGGUAAAUGCCAGUGCCUUGUGCAAUUAUCAACUUUGCCAGUAGCAGUAUGUUAUGGUAGCGGUAUUACCAGUAAAGAUGCUCAAGCAGCAGCAGCUCAAAAUGCACUUGAGUACCUCAAGAUAAUGACAAAAAAGUGAGCCAGCGUAAUAUAAUUAUAUUUAAUUGACAUGAUCGAAUUACUUAUUAUUUCCGGUCGUAAGUAAGCGAUAUUACACUACGUAGCUUUUAAAUUUAAUUGAUAAUAAUAAUAAUUAUUAUAAAAUUAAUAAUUACAAUAAUACUUACUAUCAAUAUUCUGAAUAGUAACGACGUGUGAAAAAAAAAGAGUUUUUUUUUAUUAUAGAAGUUAUAGAUUUAAAUUGAAAGUAGAUCGCUCAUAGUUUAAUGAAAUUUAAACUAAAUACAAAAACUAUUUUCGCGCCUAAAUUAUUUUAAGUUUAAAAAUUUAAUUUUUUAUUUUAUUUGCUAAUUUACUGCUGCAAUUUUUUUUUCUUGCGGGUAAAUACAACUGUCAUAAUAAAAAAACACAUUUAUUGACUACAGUAUUAAUUAAGAAAAUUAAUUGCACUGAUUUUAAUUAACGAAUGAAAUAAAAAAAAAACUUAUGGAAGAUGUGAACUAGACUUUAAUUAAUUUAAAAAAAAAUCAUGUCUAGUCAUUUGAACUGUGGAUCAGUAAAAAUAAAUGGAAAUAUAAAAAAAAGUCGAUUGGAAAUUACAAAAAAAUAGUUGGAUAAAAAAAAAGAACUGAAAAUUUGAAUAAAAUUUUGACACUUAUUUAAUAUUUAAUCAUUAAAUGAUAAUGAUACUAAUAAUAAUAAUUAUCGUAAUAAAAACAGGUACCUCGCGAUAAAUUAAAAAUAUGUACCGAGCUACGUUUUACUUCUCGAUAUAAUAUAUUAAUUAAUGAUAAUUAAUAUAGAAUAAAAACGUGAAACAAUUAAAAUUUUGUUUUAGAAAAAUAAAAUUUAAUAAUUGUAAUGUGAAGUUAGUGUUGAAAUAAUAAUUAAAAAUUUGUUGUAAUGCAAAUAAAAAAAAAAUCGCAACUUACGAUCGGGAAAAAAUAUUAAUUAUUAUUACGCUAACGUAUAAUUAUAACCUAAUGGACUCUGAUAUUUUUUUUCAAUUUUCUGAACAGAAAAAAAAAAUUUCUUGGCACGAGAAAAAUUUUUUCCUGUCGUUUAAAUGCGACUUCUAUAUAAACAAAAAAAAAUAAUAAUUUCAUCCUGAAAUGAAAAUACAAGUUUUCUUAGGCCUAGAAAAAUUUCUUGGCACAAUAAAUUUAUUCUUAGCUCAAGAAAUUUCUUUUUGCUUCAAGAAAUUUUCCAUUUUCAAUUCAUAAUGCGAGAAAUUUUUUUGACUCAAGUAAAAAAUUUCUUGGCUCAAGUAAAAUUUUUUCUUGGCUUCAAUAAAAACUUCUUCGCUCAAGUAAACAUUUUCUUAGCUUCGGUAAAAAUUUCUUGUCAAGUAAAAUUUCUUGUCUCAAGUAAAAAUUUUGUUGGCUUCAGUGAAAAUUUCUUGGCUCAAGUAAAAAUUUUCUUGGCUUCAGUAAAAAUUUCUUGAUUCAAGUAAAAAUUUUUCUUGGCUUCAAUAAAAAUUUCUUCGCUUAAGUAAACGUUUUCUUGGCUUUGGUAAAAAUUUCUUGACAAGUAAAAUUUCUUGGCUCAAGUAAAAAUUUUUCGCACCAAGAAAUUCUUUUUUUCUGUAUAUUAUAUUACGUAUAAAUAUCUAAUAAACUGAAAUGAUAUAAAAUUAUAUAGAAGUGAAUAAUUAAAUUACACGAUUUACAAUUUAACUCUAUAUAAAAUUAUAAUACUUUUUUUUUUAUUUAUUUAUAACAGUGAAUUAUUAAAAUUUGAAUAUCAAUUUCCAUUACUAAUUAAUUAUAAACAAUAAAAAUAACUGCCAGUCACAGUACGUUCCAAUGAAUUAUAAAAUUAAUUCUUUUUUUUCUAAUAAUUAAUUAAUUUUUAUUUAUUAAAUGACAUCACAAUCAAGUAGUUUUUUUUCUUCUUUUAAUUUAGUUUCACGUUUGUUUUAUAUUUGUAAUAAGUAAAAAUAUGUUUAUAAAAUAGGUGUGGAUGCGGUGAAAUUUAUUUCAAUUCUAGAUCCAAUUUGAAAUAAAUUUUAUCCAUCAAUUCAAUUAAAUGAGUAAGAAUUUAUCAGUAAGUUAAUUAAGUAAAAGUAAUUUGUUCACUUUAAUGAAUUUAAAAAGGUCUUUGGUUUUGUUUUUUAACCGAGGUGGUAUUUUGUGUUAAAUUAUAUUUAAAUAUUCAUAUUGUCAAAAUCAUGAGACAAAUUAAUUAAGUAUGAUAAUUAUAAUUUAACAUAAAAAGUAUGUAAAUAAUAAAAUAAAUAUAAAUAUAUUUAAGUUUUUCUUGAACUACUAUGAUUUUAUUAUUUAUUUUGAAUUAUAAAUUUGAAUAAAAGUCCCAGUUAUUGGCAGUACAAGAAGUUUAUCAAUUAUUUUUAGUAUUAAUUUUGCUAUUUUGUGUUGAAUAUAAAGUAAUUUGAAUGAUGGCUUGAAUGUACCAAUUACUGACAUGACAUAACUAAAAAAUAAUUAAGAUCUAAUUAGAUAAACGAAGAACUUUUUUAAAUUUAAGAUCUACUUGUAUGUCAAUACAUCGAUUUAGAUUUACUCAGAUUCAUCCAGAUCUAAGAUCUUAUUAUUUUUUUCUACUUAUUUUUUGUUAUUCUUCUUUUUAGCGGCAGAUCUAUUCGCAUUUUCAUAGAUCUUUACAGAUCUUUACAGAUCUAAAUUAUUUUUUCUUGGUUGCAGUUUCUAUUCACUGAAAAAUAAUUAAGAUCUGAUUACGUCAGAGGAGAUCUUAUUUUUAAAAAUUUAAGAUCUACAUUUAUAUCAAUAGAUCGAUUUAGAUUCCCUACAAUUCAUGACCAUCUUCUAAAAUCUUAUGUUUUUUUUACUUGUUUUUUGUUACAUUUUUUUUAGCUUUAAAAUAAUAAAAAAAUUAAGUGUCAAUAAUUGGGUCUUUUACAUUUUGUAUGUUUGAAAUUGAAUAGUAGAAAAAAUAAUUACAAUUCAAAUAUAAUUAUAUCUAUAAUUAUAUGAAUAUAUAUAUGGUCGCUACUGUUUAUUAUUAAAA